AUGGGGAACAGCCAAUCAGCACAGGGCCCAAGACGAGGCAAGAAAUUAUCGAAACCAAAGACCAAGCCUACUGGGCCACCGCUAUCGACCUCCAACAGCCCAAAUCCGAGUCGUCGAAACUCCGUCACUGGAAAAGGGAUUGUAACUGCUGCAGCUUCAGUUCUUCCUCAUGGCAAGCUUGUCAGUGUUCUCGAGACUGAGUCUCUUGAACAUAUAUCAGAGCCAACACCCACGAAGAAGAAGAGAAUGAGUAUAUUCAGGUCAAGGAAUUCAAAGAAGGAUACGGGGAGCCCUCAAUUGGGCGCCAGUGUCGAUGUUGUACCUAGUGUUUCUCCACCAAUUAAUACUGGCAGGUUUACAAGAAGUAAUUCUGUAAAUUCUGUUGCUGUUGAGGCGACAGAGGAAAAUCCACGGGCUGCCCAAAGUCCUAGGCCAACAUUCCAUCGUUCACGAAAAUCACUUCCCCAUGUACCGUUUCCAUCGAAUAAUAAUAAUCGCCUUUCCCUCGUAUCAGAAGGCCUUCCUGCGAGACCAGAUUCCAUAAAUGUCGCAACAAAUUUGGUUGGACAACAUGGUGGAGAGAUGGAUUGGCAGUUAUCGGACCCAUUCUGCCAGAGAACUCAAUCAGACCCUGCAAUAUAUGCGCCUAUUCGUCGAAAAUCUCUCCUUCAACAUGGUGUAGCGACAAGACACAGCGUCAUAUCAAAUUCUCAGUCUUUUCAGAAUCAAGUCCCAGCUUCGUACCAAAAUAUUGGAAAAUGGUCUGUGGCACCUUUGACAUUAAGAACAAAUGUGGAUAAUGAAAAUCACGGUGCACGUACUUCUACUCCUAAUGACCUUGGCCAUAUUGGUUCAUUUCAGCUUGGUUCGCUGAGAAUCACAAAUGGUUCGGCAAGUCCUACGCCUAGUGCCGACGAAAGAAGAGCUAGUCUCCCAUCUAAUGAUCAACAUAUUGCUACUUUACAAGCAAGCUCCAGGAUUCAAGGUAUUGCCAAUCGAAGCUAUACCAUUUCCGUUCCCGCAGAAGCCAUGAAACGUCCCUGGGCACCAACCUCUUUCUCACAAUCCCCCAUUGAAAAUGAUUCUUACGAUUCUCUAACCAUCAAAAUCCCGAGUACUACAUCUACCCUUAAUUCGCCGUUAUCUCCUACUAAUGUUCAUCCUUUGAAUCUUCCUCCUCAAUUAAGUCCAUUUUCUUUUGUUGCAAGUCCCAUUGGGUCGCCAUUAGAAGCUACCAGCAAGAACACUGCUGUAGAAGACGAAUUAUUUGAGGCUGAAAUGACUACACCUACGCUCGAGUCUUCUUACAGCAAUGACAAUCGUUCAUUUGACUCUGGCUACGGCCCAUCGCCUGCUACACCAGAACAACAAACUUUAGGCCGGAUCCAAAGUCAACAAGAUAUGAUCUCAAAACAGCUGGCAACAACUGACAGUGGAUACAAUUCAUCUACAUCCAGAAAGAAUUCAACAGCGCGAGUUUCGCCGACAAAGAUAUCUCUCAGGACAACAGAAGCGACACCUCUUGCUACCCAUGCGAUUCCAAUGGUUAGCUUAGAAUCUCAAAAGAUGACCAGAUUGAGCAAUGUCUCUUUGCCGAGUUCGAGCUAUCAAUCUCAGAUUCAACAGCCGACGCCCAUGUCUUACAGACAGAGUAUGCCAGCAGUUCCGCGUCAGCCUCAAAAUUUCACUGCCGGUGAGACUUCGGGCUCAAAUUGGGGAGUGCAGAGGCAACGCCCACAAUCUUUCUAUCCCGGCGCUCCAAGAUUCACGGCGCAAUCUCGAUCACGGAGUGAGAUGCAUCUACCUACUGCGGCUUCAUUUCAAAAUAGCGACAGUGUAGAUGAAAUCAUGGAAUACAAAGCAAUGCGAAGGGUCAGUUCGAAAGAGACUAUAACUACUAUAAUGUCUUUGGAGCCCGGGGAAGUGGAGUCUACAUAUAAUAGGCUACACAAUGCAAUCCCUCCUAUUCCUUUGUCCAUUCCAGAGGAGGAUUACCAUACCGGGUGGAAACCGCCAAACGCACGAAGACAUUCGUAUGCUCCAUCAACUCCAUCUACACCUAAGAAUCGAUAUACACUACAGCCGUAUCAGGCUCCCACUUCUCUGAAUUCAUAUCCACAGGAGGAUCAAACAGAUUUUGAAAAUCAUCUGACAUCCUUUGACAAUAUCAAAAAUAGCUUGGGAGGGUCUCCCUACGACUUGGCACUUACAGCAAUGGAAAGGACGCCUCCGCGAGCUACACCAAGGGGUACACCUGCACCCAAGAUGAAAAGCGCGGCUGCGCAACUUCAAUCUACACAUGCCAAUUUGAUUCGAUCUCAGUCCGAGGAACCUCUGUCAAGGCCGGAUAUCAAUGGCCGCCAGGACUCUUACAAUAAGCUUGUGGGCGGCAACCCGUUUGACUAUAGUAGUACUGGAUCGAGCUCAAGAGCUACUUCAUCGAGCUCUACAUUCACUCUUCGGGAUUUACCAUCGCAAAGACGAACUGCCGAGGAAGAUGCGAAGAGGUUAUCCAUAGCAAGAACUAACAGGGUUAAUAGUCCCCCGCCUGUCUCCUUCCAGAAUCAGCGAAAAUCUGUUCCAGUUCCUGCUCCGGGGCAAUUGACAUUACCAAAACUGAGAUCUACAUCAGUGGCACAAUCUCCUCUUUCACAGCCAUUAUCGCCGGAAAUAAUGACUUCUUCAUAUCAGAAAUCAGUCACUCCGCCUCCAAGAUCCUUAACUUCUCCCAUCCGAGAGGUACCAAGUCAGGGAUCCUUGGCUUCCGGGCAAGAACUUUGGUUUGAUACAAAAGAGCAAAUGAUCCCUGCACAGCUUCAAAUCGGUCAUGCUGAAAGGCCGUCUAAGACAAGAUCUCAAAGCGCUAGACCAGCUACACAAUACCAUCGACCUAUUCCUCUUCAUCACUUUAGUUUUGAUGUUCAGGAAAAAUCUGGGAACAACUCGAGAGCUGCGAGUCUUUAUAGCGAAAAGGAGUGGGAGAUCCAUGCUGGGGCUUAUGACCACACGUAUGGCUCUUCUACCAAUCUCCAUGAUCUUUCCGGUGAAUUUUUAGCCAACGAAUAUGAUACUCCGUCCUUCGAAGAAUCUCAGCCAAUUCCGGAUAUGGGGAAUUCAACGCAGGACAUGUUAGUACUGGACCGAUAUGCGGGAGGUCUGGGAUAUAGAUUUGAGCCCGGCUACGGUCUAGGCGGGAGUGCAGGAACGAGAAACAGCGGGACGAUGAAUAAGGGAGGGAGAAAGGGGGUCGAAGUGUCCAAGCAGUGGGGGCUGGAUUUUAGUGACGUGCCUAUUAUCAUGCAGAGAGUGCCAGUUGGAGCUGGUAUCUAA